AUGGGCUUCUUGCCGGAUCUCUCCCUCCGAUGGCUGAGGAAAGGACGGAAGAAAGGCAAUAGCCGGCGCAGGAAGCAGAAAGUGCUUCGGCCGGUGGCAGAGGACAGCCUGGGACGGGCGAUGGUCCGUAGCCUGGGGGGCUUCGCCCUGGGGAUGACCCUCUCUGCGGCCUAUGGGGCCUUGGUCAUUUUCGGCCAAGGCUACAGCAUUUGGUACUGCCUGCUUUCCACCAUCACCCUGGCCCUCGUCCUUGGCCUCGGCAUGGCGUUUUCCUUCAAAGUCCGGGUGACUGUCCUGCUGAUGCUACCCCAGCUCUUUUCGAAAGAGGGCAAGAUGAUCCUUAUACUCCUGGCCUUUGGGAUGGCCAUGGAAGGACCCUUCGCCAACAUCAUCCGGAAUUUCAACCGGAGUGCUGACACUGUCUCCUGUGGUGCCGAGCUGGCUCUCAACCAGACAGCGGAGAUGCUCCAGCGUGCCCGCGAACCGCUGAUCAACGCCUUAAAGAAAAUCAAGGAUAUCGCCAAAAAAGCGAAAGUAGUUGGGGACCGUGUCCGAAAGCUUUUCCGGUCUGUCAUGGAUGCGGUGCGGCACGUCGCCCAUUGCCUGCGCAAUGUCUGGUACUUCCUUCUUCACUUGGGUGAUAUUUGCAACGAGGAGAUGGGUUCCCCGUAUCGGAAGUGCGCCCGUCUCUUUGACAACGCCAGGGACGAGUGUGAACGGGCCAUCCCUCUCCUUUCCUUCCUCUGCCACAUUGUCCUUCUUUUCAAACACCUCUGUGGGCUGGCUAACGUUCUCCUGGUUUUCUGCAUCAUUCCCCAGUACAUCGUGCCGUUUUUGCGCCGCAAGGUUGCGGAACCCAUCGUGGCCAUGCUCAAUCGCGUGCGGGCCGAGUUCGAGUUCAACAUCACCACCGUCCACCAGUACGACGUGAGCGUCAACACCAGCAAGAAGCUCUCCCAGGUCGCCUUUGACAUCAUGGAGGAAGUGUCCGAGCGCCUGCAGCCAGCGCGAGAAGCCGUGGGGCUCUUCGGCUACAUGUCCACCCUGGUCAUGCUCUACAUGUACAUCGGGGCUCUCCUGUACCGCAAGCAUUACUUGCACGAGGACACUUUCGACAACAUCUACAUCACCGAGUCCUUUCUCAAGAUGGACGCUGCCCGGAGGAAGACCAGGAGGCCGGCCGUGCUGCCCUUGUCGCCAAAGGAAAGCACCAAGUACAUCCGGCCAACCUCCCUCGUGUUACCGCGCAGGGAGCAGAUCGCCUACGCGCUGUCCCUGAUCUCCAUCUGCCGCCAGUUCAUCCUGGUCAUUCUGCUCAUUGUCGCCGACUUCUUGGUGUACUGGCUCUUCGACUUGGUGCGCUACCAUCUGGUGACUGAAAUCGUCGCUAGAGCCCCCCUGACGACCACCAUCAGCGUGAACGGCUCGGGCUACACCAGCGAGCUCUACCGCGACUUAGUCUCGGCUUUUGAUGUGCUCCAGCGGGGCAACGUCAGCGUGGUGUCCCCGAAAUGCGGUUUGCGCCCAUCGGAGCCCGACUACAACGGAUACCUCGUGAUCGGCCUCCUGUAUGGUAUCUGUUUCUUCAGCGCCAUAUUUGGCACCUACAUACAGCGCAUGCGGCGAGUGGUCUGCGCAUGGUAUUAUCCUUCUCGGGAACAGGAGCGGAUUUGCUACCUCUACAACACUAUUUUGACUCGAAGGACGAAACUAAUGACCGCUGUGCUUAAGGCUGUACGGCAGCGCUCCACAGACGAAGGCCACAGAAGCAUUUUACUCAUCUUUGCAGCAAAGUUCCGUCUGUGUAGGUGGUUGGUUAAGAAGUUGGGCAUCCAUGAAACGUAUUGCAUGGGCUGUGGGAAAAUCCACAGGGGCACGGACAGUGAGGACUUUGUGACGUGCAUCACGCCAGCGUGCCGAGGGAUAUACUGCCCCGAAUGCUACAAACUUCUCAACAACACCUGCUCCAUCUGCAUGGCCCCUCUCACAUACCAGGGAGAUAUAGACGAGGAGAUGGAUUCAAGUGACGAGGAAGCGAUGGGGCUCUGGAUCAACGCUGUGCACGCGCUGCGCGGGAUACCGGAUGAAAAACGGGAGAAGCAACGCCAGUUGCUCAAGGCGCGGAUCGAGCGGGCUGUGAAGGGGAAAGGGGGGUGCCGCGCGUUGCCUCCAGAGCUGGCGAGGAAAAUCUUGGCCCAACUGAAGGAGGAGGAGGAGGAGGAGGAGGAGGAAGAUGGUAGCAAGAGUAAGGAGGAUUCAUCCUCUGGCUUAGACGAAGACAGCAGCAAUUCCUCUGGUUCUGCCAUAAGCCAUCUGGACUUCAGCUAUCAAAAGGAGGCUGAGUCGAGCAGUGGGGAGGAACUGGAGGAAGUGAAAACAGAUCGAAAACCUCGCUCGAAGAAGGAUGGAAAGAGAAUUCGAAAGAAAUGA